UUCCGGAGCUCCACAGCAAAGCGAGGAGGGUCGACCCAGCUCCAAGUGCUUAUACACGGCCUGCCGGGACUCGUCGAACGAGUGUCAGGAGGACCUUUUAUCUGGACGAGGCGAAGGCAACGUCAAGAUGAGCAAAAGAGUGAUCGUGAGCCCGGACUCGUUCCCUGAUGAGACGGACUGGUUAAAUUCGCUGACGUGGCUCAACACUCUUUUGAAGACCAAAUUCCGACGCGUCCAGCACACGUGUUCAGGUGCGUGUCACUGCCAGAUCAUGGACUGCGUCAUACCAGGCUCAAUCGACAUGACCAAGGUGAAGUUUGAUGCAAAAGCCGAGCAGGACUGCAAGCACAACUUCAGUCUCCUCCAAGAGGCCUUCACCAAGAACCGCAUCACAAGGAACAUUCCAUGUGAUGAACUCAUAAAGGGGGAUUUUAAAAUCAACUUUGAGUUCCUCUUAUGGUUCAAAGCCUUCUACACAGCCAAUGUGACAGAUGAAGAAUACGAUGCCGUGAAUGCUCGCAACAACCGUGAUAUCAGCCUGUACCUGCCAUCCAACUACUCUACAAAAUGCAGCACUAAACCGGACCACUCCACUAAAGACAGCAGAUUUAAGAAAACCGAGCCACUGGCCCCCAGCAAGGAGCUGGAAAUUGGAGAGGAAGACUCUCUGUGUGACAGUGAAGGCUUGACAGAGAGCAACGAUGAACACAUGUCAGACGGCACCGAUAAUAAAAAAGUACCACAAGACAUACACAAGAUACGCGACGGCCCACUUGGAGAGAAUGGCAACUCUUGGAAAAAGACCCUGGCCAUUGGAGAUGAAGAAUCUCUGUGUGACAGUGAAGGCUUGACAGAGAGCAAUGAUGAACCCAUGUCAGACGGCACCGAUAACAAAAAAGUGCCACGAGAACGGAAUGAGCUCUAUAUGAGAGCUAUAAAGCCGUGUCACGUACUCCUUACCAAAUUAAAAGACCUAAACAUAAACAACAUACAUGACGACCCACUUGGAGAGAGCGACGACUCUGAUGAAAGGGAGGAAAUGACCUCCCCCCCCCAUAAAGCGCCCAGAGGACAACGAAAAGCGGCUUACCAGGAUGGGAAAGGGUUUUUGACUGGUGAGCUUGUGUGGGGGAGAGUUGAGGGGUGUCCUUGGUGGCCCGGUUUGGUCAUUCCUUGGAAAAAGACGUUUGCACCUAAAGGUUUGCGGCGGGUCGAAUGGUUUGGAGACGGAACGUUCUCAAAGAUCAAAACGGAAGCUUUGCUGCCGUUCCAUGAUUUCACUGGAAAUUUUUGCAAAAAUUCAUUUGCCAGCCUGCCCACCUACAAGGAGGCCAUCUUCCAGGUCAUAGAGCUGGCAAGUGAACGCUGUGACAAGUCCUUUGAAGAGGCAAAAGGAGAUAAAGAAAAAGAACUAAAUCUGAUGCUGGACUGGGCCUUGAAAGGAUUUCUGCCGACAGGACCGGAGGGAUUCGCACCCGUUUCUCUUCAAGACGCCGCAAAAUUAGAUACGGACUCUGCUCAUUCUGACUGGCAGCCGCCAGUGAAAAAGAAAUUUGCUUCGAAGAGUAGGGCAAGCACCUCCAGCUACACCUUCACAAGAGACAUUUUAAUUAAGCGACUUAAAGACAAAGGCACAAAAAUCAAAGAUUGUUGUUUGUGUUGCGGGUCCCCUGAGAUCGACGCGCAACACCCGUUGUUUGACGGCGGUCUUUGUUUCAAAUGCAAGGAGAACUUCACAGAAACGCUGUAUCGCUACGAUGAAGAUGGCUACCAGUCAUACUGCACCGUGUGCUGCGGGGGGUCGGAGGUCAUUCUUUGUGGUAACACCGGCUGCUGCAGAUGUUUCUGUAAGGAGUGUGUGGAGAUCCUGGUGGAACGGGGAACCUUUAACAAGCUGAAAGAAGUCGACCCCUGGAGCUGCUACGUAUGCCAGCCGGCACAGUGCCAGAGAAACCUCAAACUCAGGCCGGACUGGAGCGUUAGGGUCCAAGACUUCUUUGCCAACAACAGUGCCAUGGACUUCGAGCCUCACAGAGUUUACCCGUCCAUCGCCGCUGACAAACGCAAACCCCUGAAGGUUCUUUCGCUCUUUGACGGCAUUGCAACAGGAUACCUGGUGCUCAAAGACCUCGGCUUCAAGCUGGAGCGCUACAUCGCCUCGGAGAUUUGCGAAGACUCCAUCGCGGUGGGGAUGGUCAAGCACAAGGGCAAGAUUGAAUACGUCAAUGAUGUCCGCACCAUCACAAGGAAACACUUGACUGAAUGGGGGCCGUUCGACCUGCUGAUUGGAGGAAGUCCGUGCAAUGACCUCUCCAUCGUCAACCCCCUGCGAAAAGGAUUGUUUGAGGGCACCGGAAGGCUCUUCUUUGAAUUCUAUCGCAUUUUGACGCUGUUGAAGCCAAAGGAGGGUGACGACCGGCCGUUCUUUUGGCUCUUUGAGAACGUGGUGUUCAUGUCCACCAGAGACAAGACGGACAUCUGUCGAUUCCUGGAGUGCAAUCCAGUUCUCAUUGAUGCUGUGAGUGUCAGCCCUGCACACAGAGCACGCUACUUCUGGGGAAACCUCCCAGGCAUGAGCAGACCGCUGACCACAUCGCUGGAUCAAAAACUGUCUCUUCAGGAUUGUUUGGAAGUUGGCCGUGUGGCAAAGCUGGAGAAGGUGCGAACCAUCACAACAAAGUCAAACUCCCUCAAGCAGGGGAAGUUGGGGCUUCCAGUCAUCAUGAAUGACAAGGAAGACUUCCUGUGGUUAACCGAAAUGGAACAGAUUUUUGGCUUCCCCAAACACUACACGGACGUGAACAACAUGGGCCGCAUGCAGCGCCAGAAGGUCCUGGGGCGCUCCUGGAGCGUCCCGGUCGUCCGCCACCUCCUGGCGCCGCUCAAGGAUUAUUUCGCAUGCGAGUAGCAGCGGUGAAGUCAGUAAACCUGCCAGAGUUCCAAGUUUUAAAGGGCAUACUCACACGAGGCCUGGUCAGAAAGAAUGAACGUUUGCAUGUUUGUCAGAGUACACGGAGAAAACCCACACAAGCACGGGGAUCCGUUUUUACUGUCAGGAUUUUUAGAAACUUCAUGUUUUUUGAUUGAACAAGGAGUUUGCAAUUUUAAAAAAAAAAAAAUUAAAAAAAAUCCCUUUUUUUCAUAUUUGCUAAAACAGUCAGUAUGACUUGACAGUACUACUAACGAUGGUCAAUGGGGGAAAAAAAUCUUAUGUCUCUGGCCCCAUCUUGUGCCUUUCAUUUGAUAUACAAGAAACCACUGCACCCGAGAAAAACAACCAAUCAGAGAGAAAAGGUGCGACUUACGAGGAGUUAAUCAAUUGUCGAAGGUGUGCGACAAAAGAUUGACGCGUCGUAAGUCACACCUUCUGUCACUGAUUUAGUUUUUUUUCCCUCCACUCGGGCACGGGGUUUUCUUUUUUAGGACAGUGUUGCCUUGAGGUAUAAGUGCCUUGAUUUCCAAGUUUGCUUUAACAUACGAGCCAUCACUGGACUACUUUUUUGUAUUGCGAUGUACGAGCCAAAUUUGAAUCUUUUCCCUGAUCAGUAUACACGGAUUUUGAUAUAGUGGACCUAGAUAGUGCCUCUGAAAAAAUGAAUGAAUGCUUACUGCGUGCGGAAUCAUUCACUACCCGCUAACCACUAGAUGACGCUCGCCAACUUCACAAUAUCCCGCCAUCAUCAAUUCACAUUGGUUUCUUUGCAGUGGAAGCGCAAUACAUUAGCUACAGUCGUGUUUCACACUCACUUUUUAGGCGUUUGCAGGUUAUGUGGACAGCAAAUCUUUUUACUGUGUUUUAAUACAGUACAAUACUGUUGAGUGCAAUUUUUCUCUCUUUUAUUAGGGUGUGGGAUGGUUGAAUUCCUUUCCAUUCAUUUCAGUAGGGAAAGAUGAUUUUGGGUCAAGCCAUGACUUUUUUUUUUUAAAUUGCAAACUCCCCUUUACAUGGUGCUAUAAUCUACUGUAUAAUGUGAACAAUAACAGCUGGCCUGUAUCAUCAAGUAUUUUUAGGGCGUCAGUCGGCAGUCUCCAAACAGACCGCACUGACGGUGGGUGAUGAUUAUUGCUGCCUAACAAAUGUUUACACCGCCAUGAACUCUUUAAAUACCUCAGUGGAAUGCUAGUGCAUCAAGUUACAAGGCAGCUGAAAUCACGUACUAUUCCCCCCCCCCCCCCCCUCCCCUCAGCACAGCUGCAUUGAGCCAACGCAUUCAAAAUAUUUUUGGCUGUUAUCCAUUAAAUCGUCGACUGCUUGCCGUUUUCAAAAGACGAGACAUUGCCAGGCGCUUUAGAGCAUUUUAACUGAUCGUUCGAGACCCACAGAAUAUUGUGCUCUGUGCACUGAACCUACCAAAAGAAAGAGUAGACUCUUCUCGAGAGAGGGGGGGAAAAAAAAAAAAAAAAAAAAAGGAAAAAAAGUUUGUUUCUAGCUUUUCUGUUCUUUAGUAAUCAGCAGUAGAAAAUAGGUUGGCUUCAACAACAAUGCUUUCUGACCAAAAAGCAGAGAAAAUUAGCUUUUUCUGAAAAGAAACAUGUCAAUCACAACAGUGACUGACGCCAAUAGGUUUUGCUUUUGUGACAUGUAUAGAACAAAAACUGGGAAAUUUCAUUUUUUUUUUUUUUUAAUGGCAAAAUCAUUUAUUUACUGAUAUAAAAUAAAGAGUAGUGAUGCAUUCGCCUGACUUCGGUGCGGGCAGCGGUGCGAAUGUGAGCGCGAGUGGUUGUCCGUGUCUAUACGUGCCCUGCGGCUCAACUGGCGACCAGUUCAGGGUGUAGUCUGCCUUUCGCCCGAAGUCGGCUGGGAUAAGCAGUAUUGACAAUAAAGAGGUGCUCUGUGGGCCACGGAGACUUACCGCAUGGCUCACGGCAUUCGCAACAUCUUUUCUCACGAUCGCGACGUGACAAGCCGAGAGUCACCGCCUAAUCUCUAUCUUCUACUCAAACGCUGUGCUGAGCUCAAAUCCAAAGCAAUGCAACGGCGCCACCUACCAGGAUCUCUGAGUCAUUUCACAGGUUGGCAUACAAACCGGAAUUUCUGGGCGAGAGCCUCUUCCAUGCCUACCCGCAGAACAGCGUACUUGAUGAACACGUAUGUCGGCGGCAAUGUCCACGGCAAAGAAUGAAUUAACAAAAAGACAAUUCAAGAACAUUAAUUUAGAAUUAGAAACUUUGUCAUUGUUAUUAGUGUACAACGAACAGUACCACAUUUGUCAUUUUUCGAUAUCAUGUUGAAUGUUCCCCCUUUAGUCCCGCCCAAACACGACUGGCUUACUGACAUAGGCCGCUGGUCUCUACCUCAAUUCUUUGGUUACUCUUUUAUUUUCAUAGUUUAUAUUUAAUUUAUAAAUGGGUAAUACAUUGGAAAACAAAAAUGUUUCCAUACACUAUAUAAAAAGACGCGCUUUUUUUCUCCCCUCAGUCUGACAUGAAAUCACACUGACCUUUCCCUGUUUUAGGAAAUUAGGAUUACCAAAAUUAUUUCCAUUUGCGAAAUGCCAGAAUAAUGAGAAUUUUUUUUUUUUUUUUUUUUAAAAAGACAAUUUUUCAUGGCUUUCCUCAAAGUCAAAAGUUUACAUCUAGUACGAUUACUAUGGCUUUGAGCAAAAUCCAGAAGAUGACGUCUUGGCUUGUGGAAGGAGACUCAAGUCAUAUAGUUUACCAAUAAUAAUAAUAAUAAUAAUAAUAAAUUACUUUACAUCGUAACUUGCUUUUGAAAUUGGCUAAGUGCUUAAAAAUUGAAAGGCAAUACUAGUAAAAUAUACAGUGGGGCGAAAAAAAGUAUUUAGUCAGCCACCAAUUGUGCAAAAUGACGGGGUGAGAUCUUACGUGGAGCCCCAGAUCGAGGGAGGUUAUCAGUGGUCUUGUACGUCUUCCAUUUUCUAAUAAUUGCUCCCACAGUUGAUUUCUUCACACCAAGCUGCUUACCUAUUGCAGAUUCAGUCUUCCCGGGCUGGUGCAGGUCUACGGUUUUGUUUCUGGUGUCCUUUGUCAGCUCUUUGGUCUUGGCCAUAGUGGCUUUUGGAGCGGGACUGUUUGAGGUUGUGGACAGGUGUCUUUUAUACUGAUAACGAGUUCAAACAGGUGCCAUUAAUACAGGUAACGACGUGGAGGACAAAGGAGCCUCUUAAAGAAGAACUUACAGGCCUGUGAGAGCCAGAAAUCUUGCUUGUUUGUAGGUGACCAAAUACUUAUUUUCCACCAUAAUUUGCUAAUAAAUUCUUUAAAGAAAGUCACACAAUGUGAUUUUCUGGAUUUUUUCCCCCCCUGAUUUUGUCUCCCAUAGGUGAGGUAUACCAAUGAUGAAAAUUACAGGCCUCUGUCGUCUUUUUAAGUGGGAGAACUUGCGCAAUUGGUGGCCGACUAAAUACUUUUUUGCCCCACUGUAUGCAGACGUGUGACUUUCAAGAAAGUAAUGAGAGGUUGUCCAAAGAAAAACAUCAUUCUGUCACUACUCAGGCAAUCCUAAUGAACCUAAAACAAGAAAGGGUUAGUAUGAUUUCAUUUAGGACAAUGAGGGGGGAAAAAGCGUAUGUGUCUUUUUAUAUGAUAUAUGUAAACUUCAGUUUUCAAGACUUCAGCUGUACAUGUGUUUUUCUACACGUGUGUGUUAUCCAUCACGGAUGCCACACCAGCCACUGUGAGCGUGACGAUGAAAAUGCAAUAUGCCGGUGCUGUGUUUUUUUAUGUGUGCAAAUCCACUUUUUAAUUUUUUUUUUUUUAUAUAUAAUCUCGAUGUUUGUGAUGUACGUGUUGAUUUGUAAUAUUUGAAAAAUGUGUGAACUGCCUCGUUGUUUUUUAAAUACACUGUCUAGUGUGCCUCCAUGUUACUGGAUUGAUCAUUGCUAUUUUAAGCAUUCUACUGUGACUGGAAGUUGAUAAAUGUUUGCUGCCUUAUUAAAGAAUUACUUUCUGUGACACAUUUACUGUCCCAGUUUGUGUAUGUCCGAACUUCAUAGUUUGUCUAUAUUUUAUUGUUUUUGUUUUUUUUUAACCUGUGUUGCGAUACCAACUGGGCUAAAUGUAGUUGUGUUUUGUAUUAUUUUCUGACACAGUAAAAGUGUUACGGCAUGAAAGGGACACAGAUUUUCCAUUCUGCUUGAUGUAACAGCCGAACAGGACAAAAAAAAAACAACAACAUAAUUUGGAAUUGGUGUCAUAUUAGAUAGAUGCUUUGUCUUUAAUGAGAACUGCAAUUUGUAAGGAAUUGGACGUGUUUCAUAGGAUUCAUUUUUAAUAAACUCUCAACCAAACAAUUG